AUGAGCGAUAAUCACGAAGACCAACCCAAUAUGAAAAUCGACCCCGCUCGCGCUGCUUCCUUGGCCGCAUCGCUGCAGUCCGUUUCCCAGCGGGUUGUGAAAGCUGCAAAUGGCCGGAAUGUGAGAACAGUGGCCGUCUCGAAGCUGAAGCCCGCGGCCGACAUUCUGGCUCUUUAUCAGGAAGCCAAACAGGAGCACUUUGGAGAGAACUAUGCUCAAGAGUUGAUGGAGAAGGCAGAGAUGCUGCCAAAAGAUAUCAAGUGGCAUUUUAUUGGUGGACUGCAAAGUAAUAAAUGCAAGCCCCUUACAACAGCCAUCUCGAACCUCUGGUGCGUCUCCUCAGUUGACUCGGAGAAGAAAGCCACUCAACUUUCCCUUGGCCGCUCCACUCAUACCUCCCUCGCUCCCUUGAACAUCCACAUCCAAGUCAACACAUCUGGCGAGGCCGCCAAAUCCGGCGCCACCCCAGGCUCUGAAACCACCACACUCGCAAAACAUGUCCUAAGCACUUGUCCACACUUAAACCUCCUCGGACUGAUGACCAUUGGUGCUAUCGCGCGAAGCAAGGAGAUGAAAGCCGGGGAGGAGAACGAAGACUUCAGGAUACUGAAGGAGGAGCGCGAUCGAUUGGAAACAGAGCUUAAGGAGGAACUGGGAGGCAGGAAACUAGAGUUAAGUAUGGGUAUGAGUGAGGAUUUUGAGGGCGCGAUUAUGAUGGGCAGUGAUGAGGUCCGCGUCGGAAGUACCAUAUUUGGGGAGCGGCCUAAAAAAGAAGAGUUCACUGUUAAGUAA